GUUACACUGAAGACAGUAAGACAUGUGGGCGCUGGUGUUGCUCGGCUCGAUCCUGACUAUGGCACAUGGCUUGCCGAGGUCGACACGCAUGUGCGAGUCGGCGACCAUCGUGGAGGCGUGGCCAGGAGGAUACAAGGGCACCGUAUCCUUCGCUGCUCCUUCCGCCUACUCCAGCGUCAUCCUGGACCUCUACUUCCUGCACCCUGUCAACAGCUUGCAGAUCACGACGGGAGGACAGGUGACGUCUGAGAGCGACACUCACUUCGUCUACACCGUCGGCGACUCCGGCAGCGCGGGGUCGACGGUCUCGUACGACUUCCAGGUAGCAUACAGCGAGCAGCAGCCGCUGCUAGGAGCCAUGGUCUUCAACGGCGAUGACGUGUGCGGUGCAGGAGGAGGCUUAACCACAGCACCUCCCCUACCCAACCCCUGCGCAGCCACUGGCACCACACCCUACGACUACCCUCAGGUGCUGUGCAUGUCGAUUUUGUUCUACGAAGCGCAGCGGUCGGGACGGCUGCCCGCCGACCAGCGUAUCACGUGGCGGUGGGACUCUGCUCUCGGGGACGGCGGGGACGUGGGGGUAGACCUCACGGGGGGCUACUAUGAUGCUGGCGACCACGUGAAGUUCGGGCUGCCGCUGGCCUACACAGGCACGGUGCUGGCGUGGGGCGCCAUCGCGUACGAGGCCGGCAUGAGGAGCGCUGGUGAAUACGACAACGCUCGCGCCGCCGUGCGCUGGGUCGCGGAGUACCUACUUAAAGCGCAUUCCGCACCCGGCGAACUUUACGGACAGGUGGGGGACGGUGGGCUGGACCACGCGUACUGGGGCAGGCCUGAGGAGAUGACCAUGCCGCGACCAGCUGCUAAAAUCACCACCCAGGCGCCUGGUUCUGAUUUAGCCGGUGAGACCGCGGCGGCUCUCGCUGCAGCUUCGAUAUUAUUCUCGGACGACGCUCAGUUCUCAACCGCCUGCCUAGACGCCGCCAGAGAUCUCUACGACCUCGCGGACCUUCAUCGCCAGAUCUACACCGUGUCCAUACCCGGGGCCUCGGGAUACUAUGAUUCGUUCAGCGGGUACGGCGACGAGCUGGCGUGGUCAGCCAUCUGGCUGUACAAGGCGACGGGAGAUGAAGCGUACCACGCGGCCGCGGUGAGGCACUGGGACGAGUUCGGGCUGGGCGACGGGGCGGUCCAGUUCAGUUGGGACGACAAGACGCCAGGCUGCUAUGCGUUGUUUGCUGAGCUGGACGGUGGUCCAGCGUACGUCUCAGCGCUGCAGGGGUUCGUGGACCAGACGAUCAACGGCGCCACGUACACGCCAGGGGGGCUGGUGCACCUCGACACCUGGGGGGCGCUGCGCCACGCUAUGAACGUCGCCUUCAUCGCCCACAGGGCCGCAGACCUCGGCAUUAACACGGCCUCGUAUCGCGCCUGGGCCACGGGGCAGCUUCACUACGCCCUGGGCGACACCGGUCACUCCUUCGUCGUGGGCUUCGGCGUGAACCCUCCUGAGCGUCCCCACCAUCGCGCCAGCUCUUGCCCGCAAUACCCAGCUUCUUGCACAGACUCCUGGGCACAGAACCAACCUGGCCCCAACCCGCAUACCCUGUAUGGCGCCCUCGUCGGCGGACCUGAUCAGUCUGACAACUACGUGGACGACCGCAUGGAUUUCGUUCACAAUGAAGUCGCGUGUGACUACAAUGCCGCUUUUGUGGGCGUGCUCGCAGCAACUGUGCAAAACUCUUCCUAAUAAUGAUUAAUUUUAUUGCAAAAUUUCAAAAGUAAACAAAUUUAUUUUCAAUGUGAGAAUGAUACUUUCAUUUUUUUCAUCUUUAUGUAUUUUCGGGCAGAAGUAAACGAGCGACAAAUUUUCGGUCUUUCUUCUAUAAAUUAUCAAUUCAAGUAUUUUUUCAAUGGAGAGGUUUUGAUUCACAGAUUUGACCAUUGUAUUUUUAGAUAUUAGCUUCAGGUUUAUUCCUCCUUGUUUUCCUUAAGCCAUGCUUUUUCUUUCAUUUAAAUCUGUCGCGUAAUUAAAAGCUUGACCGAACUAGCGUGUUUUUCAUACGAUGUAUACUGUGCCAUAACUAUAGAGUUCAAUCGCGCAAUGGUAUAAGAACCUAUUAUAUUUUAUGAACGAU